UGCUCCGCCACAGCCAGUGGAGCCAAGCGAAGCGAGUGGAGAAGGUGGUGGCGUCUUACUAGAGGUCGCGGAACGGAGGCGGGCAAGCAGCAUGGCAGCAGCCUUAAUUCUCCGAGCCUCCGUUAGUUUGAUGCACAGGCAUGGGAAAGUCUGUGCAGACUGGCUUGCUCGGGUGUCUUAUAGGGCAAUGGCUUCCAAAACUCCAGUUGGAUUUAUUGGUUUGGGAAACAUGGGAAAUCCAAUGGCAAAAAAUCUUGUGAAACAUGGUUACCCCAUUAUCGCAUGUGAUAUAUUUCCAGAAGCAUGUAAGGAAUUUCAAGAGCUGGGUACUCAGGUGACUGAUUCUCCAGCAGAUGUAGCAGAUAAAGCAGAUAGGAUUAUUACAAUGCUUCCAUCAAAUCCUAAUGCAAUAGAAGUUUACAUAGGUACCAAUGGAAUUCUCAAGAAAGUGAAGAAAGGUUCUUUAUUAAUAGAUUCCAGUACUAUUGAUCCCGAAGUUUCAAAAGAGCUAGCCAAAGAAGCUGAAAAAAUGGGAGCUGUUUUUAUGGAUGCCCCUGUUUCUGGUGGUGUUGGAGCUGCUCGUGCAGGAAAUCUUACCUUCAUGGUCGGGGGAGUAGAGCAGGAAUUUGAUGCUGCAAAAGAGCUGCUCACAUGUAUGGGUUCCAAUGUGGUCUAUUGUGGAGAAGUUGGAACUGGACAGGCUGCAAAAAUCUGCAAUAAUAUGCUGUUAGGCAUCAGUAUGAUUGGAACUGCUGAGACCAUGAAUCUUGGAAUCAGGUUAGGGCUUGACCCAAAGCUUCUGGCCAAAGUCUUAAAUAUGAGUUCAGGCCGUUGUUGGUCAAGUGAUACAUACAACCCGGUGCCAGGAGUAAUGGAAGGGGUACCAUCUAAUAAUAAUUAUCAAGGAGGCUUUGGAACAACACUUAUGGCGAAGGAUCUUGGCUUGGCUCAGAUUUCUGCCACCAACACCAAGUCUCCAGUUCCACUUGGAUCCCUAGCCCAUCAGAUUUACAGGAUCAUGUGUGCCAAGGGCUAUGCCCAAAAAGACUUCUCAUCUGUACUCCAGUUUUUACGGGAAGAAUAAAACUGGUGAAACCUUUAUUGACUUUUAACUAGAGACAUUCUUUAAAAAAAACAUGUAUUUAGAACCUCUUUCAGAUUAAUCAAUAAAUACAUGAGUUUAAUCAAAGAUCAUGAAUCAUGAUCUCACCCACUUCUGUAUUCUAAAGUCACAGCUAACUCCAAGAUUUCCUAUCAUUUCAAAUACUGUGGAAAUUUUUUUUAAUAAUUUAUAUAUAACUUACUUUAUUAUUAAAAAAUGCAGUAAUGGGGUUUAAAGAAAACCCAGUAUAUUUGUAUUUACAUACAUACUUUGAAACAAUCCUUUUCCAAACUCGUAUCUCCAGAUGGGAUGGAUUUUUAGUUGCAUUGCAAAAUGGACAGGAGCUACUAGAUUGGAAAAAGUUUUUCUGAACUGUACAAGUAUAACGGAUUAAAGAGACUGAUCCUGAACUUCCUUAGUAAUAUUUCAAUUUGAUUUUAAAAACAAAAUUAUAAUGAAGAAUUAAUGAUAAAAAUUAUAUUAAUUAAUGGUUUGCAAUUUAUUUGAAAUCUGGUGCUUAUGGGUUUAGAAAGUCAUAAUAAAAAUAACUGCUGCAUGUUUAACAUUUUUUCUUCACUAGCUUAAUUUUAUACAUUUUUAAUUUUCACAUCUUUUCAAAAGAUUCAUGCCUGCUUUCUUUACUGACAUGCUGAUAUCUUGUAUUGUUAUAAAUCUAAAUAACUACUUUGGAAUCUAAAGUAAUGAUCAGAAGAAAAGAUACAUGGUUUACUGUGAGUGGGUAUUUUCUUGCUUUAUUAUGAUCAGAUUCUAUGCAUACUCAUACCAAUAAAAAUGCAUUUGAAAAAUACAUAGAGAAUUAAAGAACUGUCUUGCAUAAACAAGAGGACAUCGCGUAAAGGUCUGUAGAUUGGUGUGCUCAUUAAAAUUUCUAUUCUUGUUAAAAAUACAGUCUACAACUAUUAAAAUGGAUAACCACAAUACAGAAUAUAUUUAAGACUAUUAAUCACCUGGUAUCAUAAACAGAGCAUGCGACCAGUUUUCUUUAUUUUUACGGAAAUUCUUGAAACUCUGCAUGAAGAGAAAUAAUAAACAUUAAUCAGAAUUGCCUGAUCACCAUAGCUUUUAACAGGGCAGUUGAUCAACCUACAAAUUAUGGACUCUCCUAUAAAAAGUGUAAUGAAUUAUCGACAUAAUCGGAUCACUUUGGAACAUGUUCAUCUUUUUUGUUACUGUCACCAUGAUCUAUUCAGAACUGAAGAAAUAGAAAAUUUAUAUAAUCCUUUUUAUAAUUAGCUAUAAUUAUAUAAGUGAUUUCAGAUCACUCUUGUGAGGUUUUAAGUGUGAGCAAAAUGAACAAUAUGGCAGCAGAAAAAUUGCUGAGUCAAAAAGACUGAAGAAAGUUCUCUGCUGAUUCUGUAGAGCUGACAGAUGAUAGGACAGAUGUGAUAACAAUAGCACAUAAACACAUGGAGAAUUCUGGAAAGUAAGCAAUCAAAGUGUUCCAACUAAGAAUGCUGGAAAUGUGAAAUGGGUGAAGCUUCCUCUUUCAUUUCGAUAGACAAGGCUAUUAAGGGAGGAAGAUCAGCCUGUUAAGUAAAGGUACAUAGGACAGGGGUAGAAGACUUCUUUUUCAUGGAGUGGUUUUCUUACUCUAUUGGGAGGGCUGGAUUUUGUUUCCCAAGCACUACAUGGGUUUUUUCUGUUUUAUUUUGUUUUAUGAUUAGCUAUUCUAUACUAUCAGCUAUGAAUGUCAAGUAAAUUUAAGUGCUUUAUUUUCUACAGUGGUAUCAUAAAAAAAAACCCUGCAAAUCCCAUAGUAGAUUAAGAGUCUGUCUUCUUACAGUCAACAUUUUCCAACUCUUCAAGAGUUUGAAAAAAUUUCCAAAGUCAUUUUAGUGGAGUAGGGACUGAAAAAAUGAGCAAGGAAAAUUCUUGUCAAACAAACCAAAAUUUAAUACUGAUAUAGUAUUACUGUUUCAUUAAAAAGAAUGGCUAUGCAGCCUUGUUGGCAUAAUUGCAGUUAAUUACAUAGGGUAGAGUUUGCUGCUAAACAUUUUAACACAAAAAAGUGUAGUCAUAUGCAUGUCCACUCAUAAGUAAAUUGAGAGGUUUAUUCCCCUAAAAUUCCUUUGAGUUCUGUUCCAUGUUUCCAUCCCAGGUCAAUACAUACACAAUUGCACGAUUUAGUAACUGAAACAUCCGUUUUGUGGCAAUAGGUUUACUGAAAUAACAAAAACUGAAAAUACCCAUAUAUUAGUCUUGAUAUGUGAACACUCAGAAAAUAGAUCAUUACUGUAAUAGACUUAUCACACGUGUGUCUAUUCCUGUGUCUGCAUUUUACACUUUAUCAUAAAUUGUAUCAUAACAGAAGCACAUGAUUUAUUAAAUAUAUAAAAAGAUA